AAGAGUUUAGAAAUACAAUAUAAAGAAACAAGAAAAAAAAACGAACACAAUCUUGAGAUCCAUGGGUGAAGCGAAAAAUUAAGAGGGUGGAUUGGUGAGUUGGAGACGAAGAACGAUGAAUCUGCUGCUACUAAGCGGAGGUGGAGGAGCCUCAUCACUCCCCUCUUCUCACAUAUUCUCCCUCAAAUUCAUUCAACCAAUUCCUCCCCUUUUCUCCUCCAUUUUCAACCAUGCUUCCAUGCCCAAGAUUCGCCCCAAUGGAGCUUCUCGCCCCACUUCACCUCCCUCGAACGCCGCCGGUGACGAUGCAGAAUCUUCGCUCACUCAAGAUAGGGUUCCUCUCAGAGGUGUUAUCCAGAAAGGGAAACCCAAUUCUUCUUCCCCAAUUUCCAAAUGGGGUAAAGUGGCAUUGCUAGCUGGUGGUGAUGUGGCGGCAUUGCUGUUGUUCUCCGCACUUGAAAGAUUCAGCUAUGGUUUUGAGGUUUUCGACUUUGAGACGAUGCGAACAGCUGACCCUUUCAUUGUUGGGUGGUUUUUGAGUGCAUCUUUUCUUGGAGGUUAUGGGGAGGAUGGUCGAGGUAUGAAUGGCCUGUCUAAAGCAUGUAUUGCUGCAACAAAGUCUUGUGCUUUAGGUAUCCCGUUGGGUUUAGUCUUAAGGGCUGCAACAGUGGAUCACAUACUACCGCUCAACUUCAUAACAGUCACCAUGGGGAGCGCUGCCCUAUUACUGAUUGGAUGGAGAACACUGUUACUUAGCAUUCUUCCUGAUGACCAAAAGAAGAAGAAUGAUGUAUAUAAGCGUGAUACUCCAUUUGAGCUUUUUGAGAUGUCACAUAAUUCAACUAGGCGAUAUCAUGAUGAUUUGACGUUUCACCAUCGUGAUAGGCGUAGAGAGGAGAUCUCCAUUUUGGAGCCAUCGGCAGAAAACUUGAAGGUCCCUCCAUCACUGUCACUGUUGCAACGGGAUAGACCUAACUCAUUGGGAAUGAGUAAUGGAUAUAUAGAGCAACCUAAUAUCAUACGAACCCCCACAUUCACUCCUGAGUGGCAAAUGCAAGUCCCACAUUCACCGGAAUCCAUAGAAAGCCCUCUUGAUGGGCCAAGCGGGGGUAAAGAGCUUAUAAUUCCUGUUGAGAAAAAUGGGUUCUACCCUGCUAAGUCGAAUCGUGCUGUAAUGGUGUGUAUCAAGAAAUAUUUCACUAAAGCUGUGAAAACAUACCGGGAAGCAUCCCCUGAGCUUAAAGAAGUAUGGUUCAAUGAGUUCAGAAAAAGGUACACAUGGAGAGAGGAGCAUAAUGAUGAUAUCCGAUGCAAUUUUGAUGCAAAAGCAUCUUUAAAUCUCAGUAUGACCUUUAGCCGAAUUCGCAAAGCUCGGCUGAAGAAUAAACCUCCUCCGAAAUGGAUUUCACCAGAGAUCUACAAGGAUCUAGAGAAAUUGUGGGAUCAAGAAUUUGAUGAUACAAUGAAUGAGCCGAGCAAAGUACCUUUUGAGCGGAGUAGAGAGCUUAUAACUCCCGUUGGGGAAGACGGGUUCUACCCUGCUAAGGCGAAUCGUGCUAUAAUGAGGUGUAUUAAGAAGCAUUUCACUAAAGCUGUGAAGUCAUACCGGAAAGCACCCCCUGAGCUUAAAGAAGUAUGGUUCGAUGAGUUCAAAAAAAGGUACACAUGGAGAGAAGAGCAUAAUACUAAUAUUCGGCGCAUCUUUGAUGCAAAGGCAUCUAACCAGCUCCGAAACACCCUUACCGAUAUUCGCAAAUCUUGGCGGAUGAAUAAACCCCCUCCAAAAUGGAUUUCACCGGAGAUCUACAAGGAUCUAAAGAAAUUGUGGGAUGAAGAUUUUAGCGAUAUAAGGAGUGAGCCGAGCAAAGUAAUUUUUGUGCAGGGUAGAGAGCUUAUAACUCCCGUUGGGGAAAAGGGCUUCUACCCUGCUAAGGCGAAUCGUGCUAUAAUGGGGUGUAUUAUGAAACAUUUCACUAAAGCUGUGAAGUCGUACCGGGAAGCACCCCCGGAGCUUAAAGAAGUAUGGUUCAAUGAGUUCAAAAAAACGUACAUAUGGAGAGAAGAGCAUAAUACUAAUAUUCGGCGCAACUUUGAUGCAAAGGCGUCUAACCAGCUCCGAAACACCCUUACUGGUAUCCGCAAAGCUCGGCGUAUGAAUAAACCCCCUCCGAAAUGUAUUUCACCGCAGGUCUACAAGGAUCUAGAGCAAUUAUGGGAUGACCCUGAAUACAUCACUAAAUGUGAAAUAUUGAAACAGGCCUUGAACACUGUACACGUCGAUGACAGGCCAUCAUCACUCUACACAGACGGAUCCAUACCCAUGUCAAAGCGGGGUCAAGAGCUUAUAACUCUCGAUGGGAAAGGUGGGUUUCACCCUGCUAAGGUGAAUGGUGCUAUAAUGGGGUGUAUCAAGAAACAUUUCACUAAAGCUGUGGAAACAUACCGUGAAGUACCCCCUGAGCUUAAAGAAGUAUGGUUCAAUGAGUUCAGAAAAAUGUAUAUAUGGAAAGAGGAGGAUGAGACUAAUAUUCGACGCACGUUUGAUGCAAAGGCAUCUAACCAGCUCCUAAAUAACCUUAUCCAUAUUCGCAAAAGGCGGCUGGAGAAUAAAUCUCCUCCAAAAUGGAUUUCACUGGAGAUUUACAAGGAACUGGAGCAAUUAUGGGAUGACUACAGAUGAGAAGAGUGGAUCAGGAAUGGUUCGAAGUAUACGAACUCGACGACUUCAUCUUAUUAGAGUGAAGAUCUCUGCAGACGUGUGGUCGUGCUCGAAAAUGCUAAAUGUCAAUUGGCUACAGCGUUCUGGAAGCUGUUCGGGGUUAUUGCUUCCGAUAAGUUUCAAUAUGAUGAUGAUCCAGCGCAACGUGGUCGUGGCCUGGGUGGCUGGGUAGCGCCAAGGAUGGCGGAGGUGAUGUUUUCUCUAGAUCCUAUGUCACAAAUGAGCUUCAUGGUUCUCAACUCAUAGAACUCCAACUCAAUAAGAAGAUGCUUGAGCCAAAUUAGUUCAAAUGUUACCUUCCCGCGUAAACAAAUGUGUCGGGUUCAAGCCUUGGGAAUGUAGUUAUCUUAAAACUCAUGAGGGUGUGUUUUGUCAUCUUUUAAAAUUUUACUCGACACGAACAUGAUUAGUUUCGGUGUGUGAGAUCGUAAUGUACUCUGGUUAAGAAAACUUGUGGUUUGACAAAAAAAAAAACAAGUUCACAUGUUUCAAAACCAUUGAAUGAUACUCUAUGAUUACUUCUCCAUAAGAUUAGGUUAA